AACAUUUUAGAUUCGAUUCGUUUAUUCGAGUUUUUUUUUAUUAUUAUUAUUAUUCUGUAUCAAUUGAUUGAUGACAAAUAUAUAAUAUACUACAACGAUGCUUGGUUAUAUUCGUAAAGUAACUAAAAUUGAUCAACUCUGUCAUCAACAAUCAUCAUCGUCACGUAACGGUAGUGGCCAACAACAACAACGACAACGACAACAACAACAACAACAACAAAAGCAACAAUCAUCAUCAAUGAUUAUGAUGACGGUGAUCAAUGAUUCAAAUCGUUUAUUAGUACCAGUCGAUACAAUCGAUACUGAUGUUAAUCGUACAAAUUCAGAUUCUAAUUCGGCUACAAAUAUGAUGAUGAAUAAUAAUAAUGGUGAUGAUGAUGGUGAUGAUGAAAAAUUGUCCGCUGAUGAUCAAAAAUCAACAUCAACGAAAACUGUUUUUCAUACUCCAAAACGGAAAAGUUUAUUCAAACGACGACAUAAUCUUUUGCCAAUAUCAUCAACAAUUAAUAGUGGUAGUAGUAGUAGUAGUAAUAAUCGAACCCGUUUAUCAUUCAAUAGUAAUAAUAAUAAUUCUGAUCAUAAUAUUAUGGAAAAAUCGAUUAAUAAUCCAACGUUGAUUAAUAAUGAUUCGCAAACAUAUUGUUCAAAUAUUUCCAUAAAUCAUCGUCAUCAUCAUCAUCAUCAUCACGAUCAAACACAUACAAUUCAUUCGCAUAAUAAUAAUAUUAAAAUCUGUCCAACAAUAGCAUCGGCAUUAUGGCGUCCAUUAUGGCCACCUGGUUGGCAUCCUCGUAGUAAUAAUACAUCAUCAUCAUCAUCAGCAUCAGCAACAACCACAACGUCCAAUACAAAAGUGCCUACGUCUUUAUCGACCACAAGUGAUGGUGGUGGUGGUGUAAGUACAUUGUCUUCGUCUUCAUCAUUAACACGUCGAUCAGCUAAUAAUAAUAAUAAUAAUGGUGAUGAUAUCGAUAAUGAAUCGAAUAAAAUUGAGGAUUGGCUAGACGAACAUCCAGAUUUUGUAAAUAGUUAUGUUAUACGUAAAGUAUCACGUUCGAUUAUUGAUAAAUGGCUUGUUACACAUUCAGCAUCUACAAUGGGAACAUUAUUUCCGAAUAAUCAGAAUAAUACAUCAUCAUUGGCAGCAACAUCAUUGGCAGCAUCAUCAUCAACAUCACCAGCAGCAGCAGGAGCGGUGGCGGCGGCCCCAGAUUCAGGUGCAAAUACACCGGUACGAAAAAUAUCUGCACAUGAAUUUGAGGCAAGUGGUGGUGGUUAUCUACGACCAAUGGUAUCGACUACUUGUGAUGGAAUGUUAACAUUUUUAUCACUUCAAGAUAAUAUGGGUAGAGAAAAUUCCAUAACAGCCAGUGAUUCUUCAGAUCUUUUUCAUGCAUCCGGAUCAUUUGGUAAUCGACCACGGCCACGACCACGUGCAUCAAUCAUAUCAUUACGUUCACGUGAACAAUUAGAAUCCAAUAGUACUGAUGAAUGUGAAUUAAUAUUUGAAUUAGUCAAAGAUAUUUGUAAUGAUUUGGAUGUAAAAUCAUUAUGUCAUAAGAUAUUGAAAAAUGUUAGCAUAUUGACACAAGCUGAUCGUUGUUCACUAUUUUUGGUAAGAGGCGAAAAAGAUGAAAUCGAAAAUAGAUAUUUGGUUAGUCAAUUGUUUGAUGUUUGUGGACAAUCGACCAUUGAACAAGUGUCGAAAAAUGAAGAAAUCAUUAUCCCAUGGGGCACAGGCAUUGUUGGUCAUGUAGCCGAAACUGGUGAAGCGGCAAACAUUCCAGAUUGUUAUCAGGAUUCACGUUUUACCGAUACAAUUGAUCAAAAAACUGGUUAUAAAACAUGUAAUAUGUUAUGUAAUCCUAUAUUUGAUAUUGAUGGUGAAGUGAUGGGCGUAGCACAGGUGAUCAACAAAAAAGAUUCCAAAUGUUUUGAUAAGAAUGAUGAAAAUGUUUUUGUAAAAUAUCUACAAUUCUGUGGUAUUGGUUUACGAAAUGCACAAGUUUAUGAACGAUCACAGUUAGAGAAUAAACGUAAUCAGGUAUUGUUAGAUCUGGCCAGAAUGGUAUUUGAAAAACAAUCAAAUAUUGAAAAUAUUAUCUACCGUAUUCUGAUACAUAUUCUAUCAUUAUUACAAUGUGAACGUUGUCAAAUUAUGUUGCUUGAAUGUGAUGAUAAUGAUGAUGAUGAAAAUGAUGAUUUUAUUUUAGCUAUGAAUUCAAAUUCAACAAAAAUUAGUCAUGAUGAUUCGCCAACAUCGAAACAUCUACAUCUAAAUGCACAACAAACUGCGAGUAAUUAUUCAUCAGAUCGAAGUCCAUUAUCUGAUUGUCCAAGUAGUAAUGGAUCAAGUUGUUUGGAAUCAAAUUAUGAACUACAAGUUAAUCAAGUUACAAUGGCUACACGUAGUUUUUAUCGUGUAUUUGAUUUGCAAGCCAAAGAUUUGGAACAAAUUGAUUUUGAAAAGAAUCAAAAAACACCAUUUGAAGGUCGAUUUCCAAUCAAUAUCGGUAUAACUGGUUAUGUAGCUACAACGGGCGAAACAUUGAAUAUUGCCGAUGCUUAUAAUGAUUGUCGUUUUGAUCCAAUCGUCGAUGAUCAAGAUGAUGAUAAUUAUGGCGAUAAUAAUAAUGUUGAUGAUGGCAAUAGAUUUCGACAUAAAAGUAUACUUUGUAUGCCUAUCCGUAAUGCAACAAGAAAAAUAAUUGGUGUCGCACAAUUGGUGAAUAAAUUGAAUGGUCGUCCAUUUAAUAAGAAUGAUGAAAAUCUAUUUGAAGCAUUUGCCAUAUUUUCCGGUAUGGGUAUCGAAAACACACAUAAAUUUGAAAAAGCCGUUAAAUCAAUGGCUAAACAAAAAGUUACGUUAGAAUUAUUAUCAUAUCAUGCAUUGGCAAGUGAACAUGAAGCAUCAAAAUUUGCCCGAAUGUUAAUACCAUCUACAAGCAGUCUUUCAUUAUCUAGUCUACGAUUUGAUGAUUUUAGUUUGAAUGAAGAUCAAAUGAUAAAAGCUUGUAUACGAAUGUUUAUUGAUUUAGAUCUAAUUGAACGUUUUCAUAUUGAUUAUAAAGUACUUUGUAAAUGGAUUCUAAGUGUACGAAAAAAUUAUCGUCCAGUUUUAUAUCAUAAUUGGCGACAUGCAUUUAAUGUUGCACAGAUGAUGUUUGCAAUAUUUGUUAAUUCAGACAUGUGUUUUGUUUUGGGUGAACUUGAAACAAUGGCAUUGAUAGUUGCUUGUCUUUGUCAUGAUCUUGAUCAUCGUGGUACAAAUAAUUCAUUUCAAAUAAAAACCGGUUCACCACUUGCACAAUUGUAUUCAACAAGUACAUUGGAACAUCAUCAUUUUGAUCAAUCAUUAAUGAUACUCAAUAGUCAGGGCAAUCAAAUAUGGAGCAAUCUUUCACCACAAGAAUAUCGUCGAGUUGUAUACGUAUUGGAAGAAGCUAUAUUAGCCACCGAUUUGGCUGUUUAUUUUCGUAAACGUGAUAAAUUUUUUCAACUAGUCGAACAAAUGAAAACCACUGGCCAACGUGAUUGGUCCGAUGAGAAUAAUCGUUCAUUAUUACGAUCAAUGUUAAUGACUUGUUGUGAUAUAGCUGCCAUUACGAAACCAUGGCAAACACAAAAAGUGGUUGCCGAACUAGUCGCUAGUGAAUUCUAUCAACAAGGUGAUAUUGAAAAAGAACAACUAAAUAUUGAACCAAUUGAUAUGAUGAAUCGUGAGAAAAAAGAUGAAUUACCUAAAAUGCAAAUGUCAUUUAUCGAUACUAUUUGUUUGCCAGUUUAUCAGGCAUUCGCUAAGCUAGGACCAUCGCCAAUGAAAAUAUUAUUAAAUGGUGUUACUGAUAAUCGUGAAGCAUGGCAUCUAUUAUCAAGUCAACCAUAUCAAUUAAACAUUCGACAAACCAAUUCAACCUCAUCAACAACAACAACAACAAUAACAACGACGGAUACGACAAUAAACCAAACAAAAACGAUAACGGUACCACCAUCACCACCAUCACCAACCAUAGAAACACCAUCAUCAACAUUUAUAGAUGAUGAACCAAAUGUCUGAAAUAUGCAUGGUUUCCACACGUCCUUCAUCAUUUCGAUAUUCGAAAACCAAAUUUUUUCUUAAGCACACAAACACACACACACACCUUACAUUCAUCAUUAUUUUUCAUUUCAACAAAUAGGAAUCACAUUUGCACAUGUGAAGAAUUUUCAUUUUAUUGCAAUUUGUUGCAAUUUUAAAUUUGUGAUAUAUAUUAGAAAAAAAAUCGGUUAAACUUAGCGAUGUGAAAAACACGUGUACACAAUUCAAUUGAAACUUUGAAUUUCGUAUGUGUUUCAAUCGAUACGUUUUUGUUUAGUUUUGUUUUUGUUAUUGUUUUGUUUUAUAUAAUGAAUGAAAAUCAUCAAUAUCAAUCAA